CUUCUUCCAACUGCUGUUCACUUCAGAAUAAGUGAAAGCUAUGGAUAAAGCUUCAAUCACUCGCCCUUAUCCAUAGCAGAAAGCCAGGUCACAUGUCCGUGCGGGAAUAAUGGCUGCACAGGAACCAUCACCACCAUCUUCAUUAGAAGGCAACAAACCCGGAUUCCCUAAGAAAAUACUGGCCAACAAGCUUGAGGACAAACAUUUGUGUAAUAUUUGUCAGAAAAUUUUAAGAAGGCCUUUCCAAGCCCAAUGUGGUCAUCGUUUCUGUUCAUACUGUUUUAACAAAACUGUGAGUUCUGGACCACAGAAAUGCAGUGCUUGUAUUAAAGAAGAGAUAUUUGAGGAACCAACAUCCAUUCUAAAACAAGGCUGUGCUUUUCCUGACAACGCAGCAAGAAGAGAGGUAGAGGCUCUAGCAGCUGUUUGUCCUAAUGAAGGCUGUUCUUGGACGGGCAGCAUUAAAGAAUACGAGCUUACCCACGAAGGAAAGUGUGACUAUAUGAUCAUCUCAUGUCCCUCCUGUAAAGAACUUCUCCGGGCUAAUGAGUUGGAACGGCACAAUGAACGAGAAUGCCCGGAAAGAACAUUGAAUUGCAAAUACUGCAAAGAACCUUUUCAGUUUAAAGAUAUCAAGGCUCAUGAUGAAAUAUGUCCAAAAUACCCAAUGAUAUGUGAAGGAUGUGCCAAGAAAAAAAUUCCCAGAGAAAAGUAUGUGGACCACAUCAAGCUCUGUACUAAAUUUAGAGCACCCUGCAGAUUUCAUGUGGUGGGCUGCGAUAUGUCAGUGGAGAAAGAGAAGAUCCAGGAACACGAGCGCGCCUGCUCCUACGAGCACCUGAACCUGCUGCUGCACUUCAUCAUGGGCAUCAAGGUGAACUUGGAGAGUUUGCAGCCCCAGAGCCUGGAGCUGGCCAGCCACAAGAUCCACGAGCUGCACCAGGCGCUGCAGGACCUGGAGCAGAAGAUGGGCCAGCUGGGUGCGGGGGCUCCCGUGCAGGGCGCCUGCGCACCCCUAACCCUCCCUCUUCCCACGCCCACGCUGUCCACCUCCUUCACGCCACUGCCCACCGGCGUGGGCGCCGCACUGGAGCUGCAGCUGCACAACGAGAAGACCAAGGUGGCCGAGCUCGGGCGCCGCUGCCAGGAGCUGGAACUGAAGGUGGGCACGUUCGAGAACAUCGUGUGUGUGCUCAACCGUGAGAUGGAGCGCUCGUCCGCCACCAUGGAGGCCUACAACCGCCAGCACCGCCUGGACCAGGACAAGAUUGAGAUACUCAGCAACAAGGUGCGUCAGUUGGAGCGGACGGUGGGUCUGAGGGAUCUCUCCAUCGUGGAGAUGGAGGGAAAGAUGAAGGAAAUGUCGGCGGCCACUUAUGACGGCGUCUUUGUGUGGAAGAUCUCGGACUUCAGUAAGAAAAGGGCCGAUGCUGUGGCCGGCAGAGCUCCUGCAAUGUUCUCCCCCGCCUUCUACACUAGUAAAUAUGGCUACAAGAUGUGUCUCCGCAUCUACCUGAAUGGGGACGGAACGGGACGUGGCACUCACUUGUCUUUGUUCUUCGUGGUGAUGAGGGGACACAGUGAUGCCCUGCUUAAGUGGCCCUUCAACCAGAAAGUGACGCUCAUGCUGCUGGACCAGAACAACCGCGAGCAUAUCAUCGACGCCUUCCGGCCCGACAUCUCCUCCUCGUCCUUCCAGCGCCCCGUCAGCGACAUGAACAUCGCCAGUGGCUGCCCGCUUUUCUGCCCCCUCUCGAAGCUCGACUCCAAGAACUCCUACAUCCGCGACGACACCAUCUUCAUCAAGGCCAUAGUGGACCUGACUGGUCUGUAGGUGUAGCACCCAAACACUCCCCCACUGACCACUACCACCCACUUCCUUCCUUCUCUAUCCUGGUGCCUCGAUUCCAGAAGCUUUGCCUGAGCUUUCAGCCAUUCCACACGCGGUCGGAGUUCCCGUCUGAUCUUUCGAGCAUUGGGGCGGGCCAAUGCCCCUUGGAGUUUGGCGCUGUUCAGCAGAUCGUCACGAACAGUAAAAAGAAGAGUAAAUUUGGACACUGCUAAUCCGUGCUCUGAAGUGGUAGCCGAAAUGUGGCCCCACAAAUGGUGCGUUUUACUUUUUUUUUUUUUUUUUCCCCGCUCUGGUCAGGGUGAGUACGGGUCUCUCCGACUCCAGAAGGCCGGCCGCCAUAAGGGACCCUCUCCUCUGCACGCUCGUAGAGGUGGCUAGCUGUCAGCUGUGAUUGUAAUGUACAGAACUUUCCUUAUCGCCUGUGCCAUGUUUGAGAGGCACACUGCCUUUUACGGAAUUUGAAGACUUUCCUUCAGCAGACUGCAGUACCCCCCCCACUCCUCUAUUUAGUGUCUUCAAUAUCUUGGCUUCUGUAGCCAUGCUACAUUUAAAUUUUCUUUAACCUGAGUGCAUUUUUGCAUAGACAGACGUGGAGUUACAAUAACAAUAAGCGGUUGCCCAUGAUUGGCCUUUCGCACCUCUAAUCUGCUACAUAAUCUUAACUGCUAGUCUGUGGCAAACUGUAUGCAUUGAAGUCUUCUGACAUUCCUCCUUAGCUUUGUGUGCCUAUGAUCUGGACUCCUGUGUUUAUUGGUUAUUAUUAUAUGUAGUGGUGGACAUUGCUUGAAUUCCAUAAGGUCCCGAGUGCAGACAUUUUAGGUAUAUAAAAAAGUUAGGGAGAAUGUGAUGUGUACAUGCGUGUCUGCGUCUGUGUGAGCUCUUUUUGGCUUCUCUGUAUUACAGUACCAGUUGUUUUUCGGGUGCCCUUUUUGCUUGGUUUGCAUAUUGGAUCUGUGGAAGAUACAUUCUAGUUAGCAGCAGAUCAGGGUUCCUCACUGACCUGAAUGGGGGAGUUGGUUGUCUCUAUGUUUGUUUCUGCUCAAGACAAAAGACAACUGCCUCAAGAGAAAGUUCACACACAUCAACUGUUGACUUAAACUUCUCUGUGUCUUAAAUCCAUUAUUCAGCUCCCUGCCAGUCAGACAAAAACAUGGACAUUUACGAUGGCAAGACAGUCAGGUUUUGACAGAAGGAAUAUAUAUGUUGAUGGGUAUGGUUCUUUAUUAGUUUAAAUUUGUGAGGGACAUUGGUAUUAAGCGUGAUUGUUUUUCUGCCGCUGUUUAAGGGCCAGUGAUUAGUUGUGUGUGAUGUUCUCCUGUUUUGGGUGUUCUGCUGCUGUUGUGCUGCUUGGGCCUUCUCAUAGACGUCACUCCAGAAAAACAAGAAAGAAAAAAAAAGAAAGUUUGAUCUAUUUUUGGACUAAUAGACUCCUGAAUUUUAGUCGCAAGUGGUUAUACUAUAAUCUAUGAAUGUUUUCCUGCGAACGUAAAAGAGAUAUCCCUUCAGAUGUAGUGUUCCGUGAAACCGUGAAGAAGUACUGCUCUUGGUUUUUUGCAGUGUAAAAGAAAAAAAAAACAUUUUUUCCCCUCUUGAGAAGCAUGAAGACAUAUCUUUGGGAUCACAAUAGAUUUAGAGGUGUGAAUAUUGUGUGACCUUGUACAUGGCAGUACAUAGCCAGUGUAAUCUGUAGAAUUUUGGGACAACCUCCAUAAUGAGCAACAAGCCAUUUCUCAAAAGGGCUGAACUGUCUUCCAUACUGGGACAUUUUGUUUCACUUGUUUGUUUUCCGGAGGUUGUGCUCAUCUUGGCAUUCCAUACACUUUUUGAGAUUAACCUUAUACAGUACAUGUUGACCCAGCCUAUUUUCAAACCAGUCUCGAUGGAUAUUGAAAUCUCUCUGUGCAUGAGAAGUUUCAGUAGGAAUUGCAUAUUGUAAAUAAUUGGUUUACUUGUGUAGACCAUACAUUUGAUUAUUUUUUUUAUUCCUUUUUUUUAAUUUUUUUAUUACUGAUUGCAGUAUAGAUAUGGCAGUAUUAGUGUGUGCGUGUGUGUGUUUAUAUUGCUCAUUUAUGUAUAAAUAUAAAUAUUAUGCAGUCACACAGUUUUUGGUGUGAGCUGUGAGUAUAACAUAAAUAUGAAUUUUAUAUAUAUCUAUAAUGUAAUUAUAGAUUCUAUGACUAAAUAAUGCAUACAUAUAUCAAGUUGGGAUGGUUUCAAAAUAUGUUUGGGCUUCAGUGAACAUUUUCUAGCACAUUCCCUAUUGCAUAAUCCAACACUACGUUUUUAUAGAUAAAUGUGUCUCUGUUGUCUUCUUCCUCUCAUGCUCCAGAUUUAUUUGAGUGCGUUCUGGUUUAAUGGAUUGAGAGAGAAAAACAACUUCCUAUGUCAAACAGCUUUAUUAUUUUGCCCUAAUGAGAUUCCGAAAGCAGUCUUUUGUAAAUACAGUUAGCCACUGAGUUGUGAACCUGAUGUGAACCUUUUGGUGAUGCUAGCAAGGCUAGGCUAGAUGCUUGGAAGUUGUUGCAGGUUAGCCUUUUUUGCAUGUAGACACGACUUGUUUGCCUCUCAUAAGUAGCUGUUGUAAUAAACCUAAACCCUUAAUUUGGUAUAGGCCACUCUUCAGCUUGGGGCACAUAAUUUGCCUCUUAGAUACACUUAGACACUGUAUGAUAUGCCAUUUCAGAUAUUUAUACUAUUUUAAAGUGACCUUCCUCUUCUCCUGUGUGGCAUCUGUCUCUCUGGUGUGUUAGGACAGAGUAAAAGAGAUUUCAUAUGGUUUAUAUGCUGAGGUUUAACAAAUGAGACAGGAUGUUUUGCAGCUUGACCAUUCCUGAGUUUCUUUCACCCCAUAUUGAAUACACUCACCCAUAGUACAAUGCUAGCUGGCUUGCAGUUUUUGUAUAGGAAUAUUGCUAAUCAGUUAUUUAGCGUACAUUCAACUUUGCAUUAGCAUGUGUCAUAGUAUUCUUAGUAUCCCUUUAACAUUCUUCAGGUCUGCUAACAACUACAUGACACCUGCUUACAUCUCUUCACUUAAUGACUUAUUCCAGAUUCAAAACUAGGCUGUUGCAUUUGAGAUUUGUGGACAGUUUUCACCAGAGGGGUUUACAGUAUCUGACUGCUGACAUGAGACAAAAUACGACUUCUUCCAGUUCUAUUGCUCAGUACCAGCCCAUCUGUAACUUGGCUACCAUUCUGCAGAUUGUCCUGUUCAUUGUUGCUAUAUAGUUUUUGGGGAAAAGCCAGUAACAUUUGAUGGACUAUCAAAGUAAUGUAUGUGAGCUACUAACUUUGUCAUUGUGAUUGUAAUAACUUGUCAUCUACAGAAAUUUCUUCUUUAAAGUUUUUUUAAGCAAAUCUGUUUUUGACCAAGUGGAUUCAUCAAGAACCAUUUAUACAUUUGGCUUUGAAAUAUUGAAAUGUUCUUGUUCCAAUCCAUUAUUAGAAAUGUACAAUGACAAGUGGCAAGUGGAUGCAAAACAAUUAAAGAAGUUAUGUUAAAGGUAAA